CUCCUCCGUCAGAAUCAAAUACAUAAGCUUUUCUGCUCUGUGUAUUUGCCUUUAAUUAAUUAAUAAAAUGAGAAUUUAAAAAGCUGAUGUUAAUAAAUGUCAAUAACUUCACCUGCAAAUUCCGAAAUUAGUAUUUGUACCAAAAGCUUUUAAACGCCGCCUUUAAUUCCCUCUCUAUAUAUCCUCAACCCAUUGCCCAUUUCGCCCACUUUUCUCUCUCUCUCUCUCCCUCAGCCAGCCAAUUGCUUUCAAGUUUGCGUGUCACACUCACCUACUGUUCCCGCUGCUUGCUUAGCCUAAAUUCAUAGCUACUGCCUCCAAGUGUGCAGAUCUCUACUGAGCAAGAUCAAGCUCCAACCAACAAUGGAGCUCAAUAGAUUUUAUUACUGUGCUUCUCUAAUUCUUCACAUUUCAGUUGUUCUGCUUCCUGUAAUGGUAGAUUCAAUCGGGAUCAAUUACGGCCAGAUAGCGAACAAUCUUCCCUCGCCGGAUAAUGUAGUAGCGCUGGUGAAAUCAGUGGGCGCCACAAAGGUGAAGCUGUACGACGCAGAUCCACGGGUGCUUCGUGCAUUUGCCAACACCGGAGUGGAAUUCAUAGUAGGACUUGGAAACGAGUAUCUAUCGAAGAUGAGAGAUCCAGAUAAAGCUCAAGCUUGGGUGAAAUCAAACGUUCAGUGCUACUUACCUGCCACCAAAAUCACUUGCAUUACUGUCGGCAACGAGAUCUUAACCUUCAACGACACCUCUCUCACCGACCACCUUCUUCCCGCAAUGCAAAGUGUACACACUGCGCUUGUCAAUCUAGGAUUAGACAAGCAAGUCACCGUCACCACCGCUCACUCUCUAGCCAUUCUCGAAACCUCUUAUCCUCCGUCCGCAGGAGCUUUCCGGCGAGAUCUGGUUGGAUGCGUUACUCCAAUCUUAAAUUUUCAUGCCAAAACUGGCUCACCUUUCUUGAUUAACGCUUAUCCAUACUUCGCCUACAAGGGCAAUCCAAAGCAAGUCAAUUUAGAUUUCGUUCUCUUCCAGCCCAAUCAGGGUAUUGUAGAUCCUGUUUCCAACCUCCACUACGACAAUAUGCUGUUUGCUCAGAUCGACGCCGCUUACGCUGCAUUAUCAUCCCUGGGCUACAGGAAGCUACCAAUUCACAUAUCGGAAACUGGCUGGCCAUCCAAAGGAGACGAGGACGAGGCUGGAGCUACGCCGGAGAAUGCCAAGAAAUACAAUGGCAACCUGAUUAAGCUGAUUUCUCAAAAGAAGGGGACUCCAGCGAGGCCAAACACAGACUUGAACAUCUAUGUAUUCGCUUUAUUUAAUGAGAACAUGAAGCCCGGACCAACAUCCGAGAGGAACUACGGUCUAUUUAAGCCGGAUGGAACGCCAGCGUAUUCACUUGGAAUCUCCUCAAUCGACGCUCUGACUAAUAACACGAGCUCAAGCGGAGGCAGCAGUGUCAGUGCCGGAACGCCCGGAACGCCACCGGCGGCACCGGAGAGUUCUUCUACUGGUUACUUGUCCAUUUCUAGCGCAACAGAAACAUGUAAUAUUGUCAUUGGGCGUCUAUUUUUUACAUUGGCGUUCAUUAUCUGCUGGGCCUUCAAAGUUCCGUUUUGAACUUUGCCUUUGCAACGCCUUCAUCGAAAAGGAAUCAACCGUUGAAAGCCAGGCUGAAAAUGUAUGGUGGGAGGGAAUAAGAGGCAGCUUAGGAGAUGAGGAAAGGUGAAGUUCUCUUCCCUUAGUUGUACGCUACAAAGUGCAAAGCAUUCAUCUUUUGCGAAGUUGACUGUCAGAAAGAAAGUAGGCAUAAGUUCCCAAUGAGCUUUAAAUAAUCUCCGUAGUUGGGCCCCUUAGCUUGCUUGCUGCUGCGCACUUUCGUUCAAAGUUGCUGCCUUUGUGAGUGGGCCAACCUCUUGGUUUGGUUAGUUGAUUAAAAAUUGAUUUUGGUUCGGCUGAUUAAAAGAAAAUCCAGAGGAAUCAAUUUUGCUUUUACACUUUCUAGUUGGCAAUUAAUUGUAACUUUUUCUUCAUUUGUCUUUUUGUAGGGUAUAUAAUUUCAUUACCUUAAUAGAUUUUCUUCGGGAUAUUAGCAUCGCUUGAGGGUUAGCCUGUGUGGCGUGAUUGUUCGCACUUUAGAUUAUUAAAAUUCAUCGUCUUAGUUGUAACUCCCAUUUCAUUCAUAGUGGAACGAGAUAUGAUAAUAUCUACCAUUA